AACGGGUUUUUGGGAAUGGUGCCCGUUCCCAGGUACGAUCCCUACGAAUCCUACGGCGACUCCCGGGGGGCCGUGAGCGAGCGCGAGCUGUACCGGGCGGCCUUCGACUAUCCCGACUAUCCCGACUAUCCCGGCGAUUAUCCCGACUAUCCCAACGAUUAUCCCGGCGAUUAUCCCAACGAUUACCCCAACGAUUAUCCCGACUACCCCAACGAUUAUCCCGGCGAUUAUCCCGAUUUUCCCAACGAGUCCGAGCCCGACGCCAACGACUUCUACGGCCGGCCCCGCCCCCGGGAGCAGCAAUUCCAGGGGAAAUUCCGGGAGAACUUCGGCCACCGGGGGCACGGCUGGGGCCGGGAGCGGCAAUUCCCGGGAUUUCCCGGCCGGGGGGUCUGGAAUGAGCCGCGGGGCCCCCCCGGAGCCCGGAGGCUCCCGUCGCUCUUCUCCCAGAACAUCCUCCCCGAGCCCGGCGGCUUCCAGGGCUUCCGAGGCUUUCCCGGGAAUUUCCGCGGCAUGAAGAGGAUGAGGAGGGGCUGGAAGAUGUGGGAUGCGGAUUUCCGGCCGCAGCGGAAGCGGCUCCGCCGGGAUUCCUUUGGGAAGAAGCGGAAGCAGCCGAGCGGCUCCGAGGAAAAAACUCCCAAAACCGACGGAUCCGACAAUUCCAGCUCGGAAAACGAGGAAGGCACGGAGGGCGAAUCCGGAGAAAAGGAGGAAUCCAGGGGGGAAGGGGAGGAUGAAGAGGGAAGAGAUUCCGAGAAAGGAGCCCUGAGCAUCCCGGAGGAGAAUUCCCAGAAUUCCCAGCUGCGGCAGAAGCUCCAGGCCGGGAGGAAAUCCCAGGAGCGGCAGAAGAAGCGGCACCGGGACCGGAUGGUGGAGAGGAUCCAGUUCGUGUGCUCGCUGUGCAAGUUCCGGACGUUUUUCGAGGAUGAGAUCCGGCAGCACCUGGAGAGCAAAUUCCACCGGGAGCAUUUCCAGUUCGUGGGCUCCAAGCUGCCGCCGCAGACGGCGGAAUUCCUGCAGGAAUACGUGGCCAACAAGACGCGGAAGACGGAGGAGCGGCGCCGCGGGAUCCGCGACAUCAACGCCGUCAUCCAGCAGAUCCAGCGGGAGCAGGACCUGACACAGGAGGUGGGCCUGGAGCACUUCCUGCGGAAGGUGGAGGCCGCUCACUGCUCCGCCUGUGACCUCCUGCUCCCGAUGCACUUCGGCUCCAUCCAGAAACACCUGAAAUCCCCGGAUCACAACCACAACCGCCGGGCCAUGAUGGAGCAAUCCAAGAAAUCCUCGCUGGUGGUGGCCCGGAGCAUCCUCAACAACAAACUCAUCAGCAAAAAGCUGGAAAAGUACCUCAAGGGGGAAAAUCCCUUCACAGAUGAUCCCGAGGAAAAGGAGGAGCACGAGGAAGGGGAAGGAGCCACGGAGGAAAAUCCCGAGGAAAACCCCGAGGAAAACCCCCAAAAUCCCGAGGAAAAUCCCCAAAUUCCCGAGGAAAAUCCCCAAAAUCCCCAGGAAAGCCACGAGGAAAAUCCCAAAAAUCUCGAGGAGACCCCCGAGGAUCCUGAGGAAAACCUCGAAAAUCCCGAAAAUCCUGAGGAAAAUCCCGAGGAAAACAAAAACCCCGAGGAAAUUCCAGCAACUAAAGCCCAGGAAAGGGGAACAGGGACAAAUCCAGAGGCGGAAAAGGCGGGAAAUUCCCAAAACGCCGAGGAAUUCCCGGAGGAAUUCCCAAGGGAAGAGCAGCAGGAUGAAGAGGAAAGCUCCGGAAUGCUCCAGGAGUGAAUUCCCAACGGGAAAAGGACCCAAAAUAUUCCCUGGAUGUGUCGGAACCGUGUCCGUGGAUGUUCCCCGUUCCCAGCCCCAAAUCCCAGGAAUUCCCAGGGAAAAGAGGGAAUUCUUUUGGAAUUUUUUCUUGGGAACUCCUGGGAAA